AUGGAGAACGUCCGCGUUACGGUACGAGUUCGUCCUUUUUUGUCCAAUGAGGAGCCACGUCUCUGCCUGGCGGUGAGCGGCCGCCAGAUUGCCAUUGGUGAGUCGCGGCAAUUUGCCUUUGACGACGUCUUCGACAUGGACGCGACAUCGCAGGCGGUGAACGAGGCCGUUGCGGCGCCGCUGGUGUCCGCGUUUGUGGACGGCUACACCGUUUCCACCAUCGCCUACGGGCAGACGGGCGCGGGGAAGACGUUCACCAUGUCCUCCCUCUCGGCGGACGUGGUGCGGCGUGUGUCGGCCGCCUUGGAGACGGCCGCCGCCGCGGGGGACGGCGACAAGCCCGAGUUCCGCUUCUCCGCGGUGGAGGUGUACAACGAGAGCAUCAGCGACCUCAUCGCCUCCGCAUCCGCCUCCGCCCCCGCCUCACUCGCGUCACACUCGCUGGGCUCGACGGCGUCACUGUCGCUGCGGGAAGACACGCGGUGCGGCGUGUACAUCCAGGGCCUCUCCGAGGUGGUCGUGGGGAGCAAGGAGGAACUGCUCGCGUGCGUGGAGAGCGCGCCCGCCAACCGUCGCACCGCCUCCACGCUGAUGAACGCGACAAGCUCCCGCUCACACCUGCUGCUCACGAUCACGCUCACGCGCGGCGGGGUGGUGUCGCGCUUUGGUUUAGUGGACCUGGCGGGGAGCGAGCGCCUUAAAAAGGCGCACGGCCGGCAAUUAGCGAGCGGCGGCAUGGAUGAGUCGUGGGACGAGCAAACCCCGCCGCGCGUUGGCGAGCGUUCAAAGGGGACGGAUAAGGCCUCACGAAUGCGUGAGGGCAUCAGCAUCAACAGUGGGCUUCUCGCACUAGGAAAUGUUAUUGUGGCCCUGUGUGAGCGGAGGGCACACGUCCCAUACCGCGCCUCAAAGCUCACCCGUCUUCUGCAGCCAAUGCUAGGCGGGAACUCAAAAACAACCAUGAUCGCCUGCGUCUCGCCUGACGCCUCCUCCUUUGAGGAAACGCUAAAUACGCUAAAGUACGCCGAUCGCGCCAAGUCUAUUCGCACGACCCCGUUUAAAGUAGCCGCAGGCGUCUCCUCCUUGGAGGAGGCCGAGAGAACCAUUGCGUGGCUUCGGCGGCAGCUGGCGGCGGCACAGCAGCCUUCGCAGGAUGCACAGACGCCCGUAGUGCACAUGUUUCCUGCGCUUGAGGAGGCACGUCUGGGGGAGGUCCAGGAGUUGCUUGCAUGCGAGCGGAAGUUGACGCGACGGCUGCAGGAAGACCUCUUCAAUGCGGAGUACGCCGCCAUGAUUGAGGUUGAAAAGCGCAAGCAGCUGGAAAAGCGUCUCUUGUUGAUUGAGGCUCAACAACAGCGUAGUCUUACCGGCUCGAUGGAGCUAAGUGGCACAAGACUUUUGGACGACUCCCUUCACGAGGAUGCCGCAGAGGAAACGGAAAUGGCGCCAUUCUCUCCACUGCGGGCCGAGAGCGACGAACUGCAGGCGUCGAAGCUAGAGCGGGAGGGUGAGGAGGCGCGGCUGUCCACGCCCGAUGAAGCGGCCCUGGAGCACCUCUCCCGUGAGAUUGCGGCGAAGGAGGGGUUGAUCCAGCAGCUGGCCUCGCAAAAAGCGGAGGCGGUGCGGGAGUUGGAGUACUACAAGUACCGACUGCAGGAGAUGCAGGACGUCAAGCACCGCCUGGAGGAUGAGUUGGCGCGUGCCGAGGCAAAGGUGGAGGCGACGGAGAUGGAGCGUCAGGGGAAAGAGGAGGAGCGGCGAAGUUUGCGGAUGCACUACCAACAGCGGCUGCGGAAGGCCGAGGAGACGGCGGCGGAGUACCGGCGGAAGGUGCAGGAGGCAACGGCGCUCGUCACCGCGCAAGAGGCCAACGCGGAGAUGGUCAAGCACCUCCAGUCGCAGGUGGCGGAGAUGAGUGACGAGCUCAACCGCCAACGGCGCGCCUUGCGGGAGGGGCAGCAGCGCCUCCACAAGAUGUCUGCCUCCCACUCCCAGGAGUUGAACUGCCUGCAGAGAAAGCUGCGUGCGUCAGAGGCGCAGGUGGCGAGGCUGCAGGUCCAGCUGCAGCAGAAGGACCGAGAGAUUUCACGCAUCAAGAGGCGCGGUGCAGGUGCUUCGAAUCGCCGCCAGAUAGAAACGCAGCCCACACGGCAGUUACCGGUGGGCAGUGCGCUUUCCGCGUGCCUCCCAGAGGACGCGCAAAAGGAAAUUGAUGUAGAAUUAAUAUCCCUUGCUAAUUUGGAGAGAGACCUUGACGAACUAACGGCAGAUCGUGACGAAUUAAAGAGCGCGCUGCGUGAGGCGGAGGAACUCACAGGCGGCAUGGAAAAAUGGAAAAAGGCAAUGAAAGCGUUUAACAUGCGACUGCAGCAACUGGAGCAGCAACUUCGGUCGGACACCCUCAGUGAAAAGUCGCGGUCGCAGUACAGUAGUGAGAAGGCUGGUAUAGAAGAUAGGUUGCGGCAAUUGAAGUCGUUUGAACCCGUGCUGGCGCAAGCAUCGAAGCAGCUGGCUGAGAUGGAAAGCAACCUUGACAGUCUACAGGAGGCACGCAUGUAUCACCUACGACGGGUGCGUCAGAUGCAAAAUGGCUCCUUAGCACCUGUGGAGAGAGGCGUCAGGGCCUCCGAAUUGCUGCGGUGCGGGGUGAAAGAUUACCCCGAGUUGCUUAAUAAACGUGACUGA